UGAUAAUUUAUCUAUCCGUUGCCCCUUGUCCAGAACUCCACCGCUUAUCCGUUGCUUGCAUAUGCAACCUCCUCACUUUUCAAAGCAAUCCAGGAUACUUGGAACCAUGGGAUCUGUUCCGUUUCAAAAGCUAAUAAGCGCUUUUAAUUUUCAACGUUUGUUGAGGCCUGGUCAUGUAACCCAAAACUCAAGCGGAGAAUUAGGAACAAGCAAAAUGAUUCCAAGAAGGCUGGUUUUGCAUAUGAUACCUCUGAAUUUUUGUCUCCAUGCUGAAGCCUUGGAGAUGAAGGAGCCUGAGGUUAUUAGGAGCCAAAAGCUUGAUAGUGGAGUCCGAAUACAAGAUAUCAUUGAUGGUGAAGGUGAAGAGGCUCAUGAAGGGGAUUUUGUUGAAGUCAAUUAUGUUUGUCGUCGGUCAAAUGGAUAUUUUGUACACAGCACCGUGGAUCAAUUUAGUGGUGAAACAUCCCCAGUUGUACUUCCUCUGAAUGAAAAAGAGAUUAUUAAGGGUUUGAAGGAAGUGAUAAUUGGAAUGAAGGUUGGAGGGAAGAGAAGGGCAUUGAUACCUCCAAGUGUUGGAUAUGUUAACGAGACAUUGGGACCUAUUCCAGAUGAGUUUGGUCCUCGGCGCAGCCUUUUGUCUCAUGUAAAGGAGCCCUUGAUAUUUGAGGUGCAGCUCCUCAAGGUUUUAUGAAUCAAUGUGUAUGUGUGUGUGCAUGCAUAUCCAUGUUCUGAUGUUCAUAUUCAUAUUCAUACUGAUCGACUUGGAGUUGGAGGGAGGGCUAUAUUAAUUUGUUGUUCAUUAUUAGCCGAAUGAAUUGGUGUAUUUUCUUACAUAUAUAUGUAUUUUAUUGUAUUGGAGUGAAAUAAUUGUGCUUAAAUUGC